GUCGAUCGCCGGCGCCAACAACGCCACGAGCAACCCCUGGUUGGUGAGAUUUGACCUCACGAAAUCAGCCUGUUGUCUUCUCGAACAUGACUCCUGUCUUCUUUGCUACUCUUCUCCGAUGGUUGUAAGAUCGUUAGCAACUUGAGACCAGGCCUUUUGCAUGCACUCUACACUCCCCUUUUUGCCUUGCUGUGUUUCAUAUGGUCACCUUCGCUACGUACAUUUUGCGCUCUACUCUUUCCUGAACAGAAUUACCUGCGAGAAGUUGAUGCGCAUGGCGAAUUAGGAACAUUUCAAAGCUGUCUAAUCUCUGUUGCCAUGUCUCUAGCGCUGGUGAAGGUGGCCAUCUCAUGGUUUGCACCAAUCUUCAUCGUCACUUCGCCCGUCACAUCAUAUGCCGACCAGAUAUGGAGCAUUCACAAGUCCCGCUCGUCGGCUGGCUUCUCACUCGACAUACCGUUCAUUAUGCUGGUGUCUUCGAUCCUUAAAUGUUUCUACUGGUUCGGCGCGCAUUACGAUUUCAACCUGCUCUUACAAGCUGGCAUCAUGUGUUUGGUGCAGGUGGUUCUCUUACACGUAGCCCUACUCCACCGACCACCAUUUGGAGCUCAGCACAGCCUCAACCAACCUUUUGCUGGAGCUCGAGAGGGGCAAGUCCACGUCAAUCGGCCAUACAACUUCUGGCAGUGGCGGAGUCGGCGCCCUUAUUGGCAGUUCUUGGCAUCAUUUACGGCAAUCGUAGCCGCAUUACAGUACUUCAUCGGCCAACAACCGAACUACAUCCUGAUACAGGGCUACGUCGCACUCAGUAUAGAAGCUGUGCUGCCCAUCCCGCAGAUCCUGGAGAACCAUCGCAGCCGAUCGUGCAGAGGCUUCAGAUUGAGCGUGCUUAUCAACUGGCUCGUGGGUGACGUUUUCAAGAUGACAUAUUUCUUCCUUUCCGAGGGCGGCGUACCUUUGGCAUUUAAGCUGUGCGGGUUCUUCCAGGCUGCAUGUGAUAUUUAUCUUGCCGUCCAAUACUGGAUGUAUGGAGAAGGUGAACAGCACGCGGAUGGCCAAUUGAAGUCACCGAGGGUAGCGUGAUGAGCAGCCCGGUUCUCACUUGUG